AUGCAGACUUCAUCUGAAGUCGUGCUAGUUUCAUAUUCAGCGUUCAAAUCCAAUCCUCCAAACGAAUUUAAACUGAACAAAGAUGGAGCUGAGGUCUUACGGCUUCCAGAUAGCUCUCAGGUCACGAUUAUCAGCGAUAAACAGGAGUUAUCCAACACCGAUAAGAUUAACCUCGUGAAGACAACAACUGAAUUGGAUGCUUUCCGAAAUCAGCUCUUCAACCGACCUCUUUUACUGCUGGUAACUUGCGGCAAACAUGUACCACAUGGUCAAAGGUAACGGUUAUGCUCUUUUUCUUAUUUUUCCUACUUACAUGUAUCCUCUUGGAACAGCAAGUUUCUCGAGAAAAAAGAGUGAAAGUUUCGAUGAAUGGUGUUCUAAAUGAAACGGGAAAACCAUUCUGUUAUCGCAGAAAUCACCUAAUAAAUUAAAAGCCUUUGAAUGGGUACCUGCGGACGUCGCUUUCGUCGCGCGUUUCCAUCAAAUCGUCGGUUUUCAGGCAAAAUCGUCCCAUAUCAAGAAUUGUUUGCGUCGUAACACUACUAGCAAACUCAGCGCAAUCACAACGAAGACGGGAACGAGAAAACUAGCAAAACAAAAACUCUGAAAGUGUAGCAUUUUUUUGGCAGGUUUCUUUGCCGUCAUUGCAUGACUAACGUCGUCAAACUUAAUUUUAUGGCAAUGCGAUCGUCGCUUUAAUCUAUGAGAUCGUGGCUUCAUCAAUGGUGAUCUUCGCGACCUGGAUUUCGUCGGAAUCCGACACCCAUACAUAGGCUCAAUAAACAAAAUACGAAAACUAGAUUUUUUUUUGGUACAAAUGCUUGAAUUCUGUAAGGCUGCUUUCCACGUGAUAACCAAUGGGAUCAUUCAAUAAGCUGACUCAUCUCAAAACGUUGAGUUGUUAAACCCAGUUUUUAGCGUCGCACCUGACUUUUACCUCAAUCAAAAAACGGUAAAGCUUUAACCAGCACCCUCAUAAGGACCAAAACAAUCGACAAUUACCGAGCUAUUACAUUGAGCCCUUCCCCCUUUUUUCAAAUUUUAUCGCUUUAUUUCUAUUCAUCAGACUAAAUAAGAGGGGAGAAUAUCUAAGUAUCCGUGACCCUGAAUGGUGGAUUCAGUCGAAUAGUACCCCCUGGAUGAAUCCCUAUGCCCGCUGGGGAACCGAACACUGUACUUCCCUAUACGAGGAGCGUUACAUCCGACCAGAGUUUGUGGUCAGUGUUGAUACUUCUAAUCCUGACAUAAGGCGAAUGUUAGAAGAUGGACUUAACAAGGCAGAGGACAUGCUAUAUGAAAAAGCAAGUUUUGCAGUUGAGGUAAGUGCUGUCAGAAUCGAAGCAUUUUUUUUGUUAUCGAGCUGAGAAUAAACGUUUUGGUUAUUCAUUCAAAAUAUUUUGCCGUUUCUCAUGGGCUAAAUCGGCUAAUUCAAAAUUUGGAAGAUGCGAUCAACAUACUACACUCAAAUCCACCGCCAUCUUUGUUCUCUCGUCUCUAGGCAAACAUACCAUCGAUCAACCCCAAGUAAACUAAACAACGACAUUCACGACUAUCUGAAGACAAAAUAACUGAAUUUCUGACUAAAUGUGAACUGACGAAACGCAGGAAUACCCAAAUCAUAUUACUUGAUGGAUGUUAUCUACUUUUUUGAGGAAUAUCUACAAGGAAAAAAACAUCGUUUAUAUCCUGAAACCAUGCCGAGAAAUGGGCCAAAGGUUUGAAGAAAGACUACGACAACAAAAGCUUCUUGAGAACUUAGAAAUAUUUUGAAUGAACGAUGAAACAACUUUUAAAUUCGAAUUUCUUAUGGUGUGAAGAAUUAUGCCGUUAAUACAAAUCUCCUCUAUCUGCAUAAUUCUUCACAUCAUACUAAGCCGCACCCAAUAAUUGUUAAAAAAAUAUAUUAAUAGACUACAAUACAGACUAGAACUAGUCUAAGAAAAGGGGUCAAGAGAUAGGUAGCGCCAUCCUCAACGCAGAUAAAAUUCCCUUGAUUACUUUCUACUAAUCUGCUUAUUUUACAAAUAGUUUGACUUCAAUCCCAUGAUUCUCCGCUGGUGGAAGACUCAAGGCAUCAGACGCUAUGAUUCACUAGAAUGUCUUGAAAUGACAGCAGCUGUUGGAGCGAACUUCGUGGUAACUAAUUGUUCAGCUGUCAAUCAUUUCUUUGACUGUCACCCUGCUUGGUGUGCCUGCUGGCCGUGUUACCUUUUGUUUGCAGUCCCCUACAAAAUAUGGCGGAACGCCUUUCAAGGAAUUCGUGACAUUUCGAUCACCAUGGGGGGUAACGCAAUCUCCUCCAAUCCAGGUUCUUCAAGCUACAGCUUGGUCGAUCUUCACCGUUCUCCCGUGCGUGACACCCAACCAGCUGGAGAUGAGCAGGGAAUGGUCCCUGGUUUGAUACCUGUGGUUCAUGGGAUUCCUCAGCAUACAUUUUUCCCUCCUCAUUCUUUGCAAGGGUCGCUGGGUAAUCCUCGCUUCAAGUUUAACUAG